UUUACGGGAGCGGCGCUAGGACCAAGCGGAAAACAGGUCACAGACACAUUUUACAUGGGAGAGGUUUCACUUCGGCUGGAAUUUGAACAAAGUUCCUCUUAAAAUCAUUGUGGCGGUAAACUUUGUAUUUAAAAAAAGAAAAAAAGAAACGCUUUGUGAUCUAAAACCCUAAUCUCAGUUGACCGGGGCGUCAGUUGCGUCUAUGUCUUCUUCCGUUUUUUCACCUGUGAUCUUCCUGAAAACACCUGCGUGAUUCAGGUAACUCACCGGUGAAGAGGGAAGUUCUUGGGCACUGAGCGGCGAAAAGUUUGUCCUGCAGGGAUGUGUUCCAGUCGGGGUAUAUGCGGCGACAACAAUCGUCCUAACAGAUCCUCUGGCUCGGAAGGCUCCGGUUCAGGCGCUCACUAUGCCCUUUGCGCCCUGGGAGUAGGACUCAUCGCCCUGGGUAUCGUCAUGAUUGUGUGGACUGUUAUACCGAAUGGAGAGGCCCCGACCCGGUCCCCCACCCCAUCAGGCAACUCCACCACAGGACCUGACGGCAAAGAUCAUGGGGAGGUCAACGACACCAAAUCUUCAACAGUGGCUAUGGUGCUGGUUGGCGUUGGGGCAGCCAUGCUGUUUUUAUCUAUUUUCCUUGGUGUGAGGGGCAAGAGGAGACGACGCAAUGCAAGUAGGACGCCAGCGGCAACAGGAGUCCCCCUUGUGACCCCUGUGGAACGGCAGCAGGAGUUAGCAGCUGCAGCACAAACGGCACACAACGUGCCGAGCUAUGAGGAGGUCGUUGGCAGUAACAACUACCCCGUCCGCCAGAGCAACCUUCGCCAUAGCACCUCCCAGCUGCCGUCCUACGAGGACAUCAUAGCUGCUGUGGAAAACGAGGGAACAGAGCCCAAUGACAACCCCACCGAGGACACCCCUCUUAAUGAUGCCACACCAGCUCCAGCUGAACCUGCCGCUGAGCACCAGGCUAACCCUCCUGGCCUUACAUCAAACAACAGCCUGCCCACUCGCAGCAGCAGCCGGGCCAGCCGUUUACUACGGCCCCUCCGGGUGAGGAGGAUCAAGUCAGACAAACUGCACCUGAAGGACUUCCGCAUCCAAAUCCGCAGCCCCACACACAAUCCAGUGACCAUUGAACCCAUCACUCCACCACCGCAGUACGACAAUAAGAUGCCUGAAUUAGGGUAGUGUCUUUCACUAAUUGCCUGCUCCCAAUGAAUAAAAAUAUCUCUGUGUUAAAUGGACUAAUGAUAACAUUUCUGAGAACCCAUUUUCAAGGUUGGUAUUUAGUAGGUUAAAUGUGGCUGCGAGCAGCGUGAUGGAAGCCUGAAAUGAGAACAUUGUUUUUAUUACAGUAGCUUGUGAUCGGCUUAUUUAUUCUUUUAAUAAGCAUAACUACGUCUGUGUGAAAGGAUCGGAUGUCAAAGUUGAGAUUUUGUUUUAGACAUGCCAUAACUUAUGUCAAACAUGGGGCAAAGUAUGUGUUGAACUAGACAAAACCCUAAACUCUUAUACAUGUUUUUCAGCUUACCAGGAAUUAAUGUUACUGUAUGUUGAUUCUAAUUAUUUGUGGAAAAAUGUAAACCAGAUUGUUGUGAUGCAAAAGGAAAACUAAUUUCCUGAGCGAUUUUAAAGUGGUAUUAAGUAUCAUAAGCAUUAGAUGUGCAAUCUUUAUGUGAUUUGUAACUAAAGGAAAUGCACUAAGGCCAAGAAUGUACGAUGUGUUUUGUAAGUUGUUUUUAAAUCUAGUGUCUUAAACAAACUGUUUUUUGAAAAUGAAAAUGCCAUCUGUAUGACGUCCAGUGUGAACUGCAAAAUACUGGAAACACUGGAAACGGUUAUUAUAAAAACUGGAGGAAAACUAUUAAAUAUUCUGGUAUGGGAUGUUAACAAUUAAACAUGCAUUGCUUCAUAGGACUUUUAUAAGUAUUUAGAUGUGUAAAUGUUGUGUGUAGUGGUGAAUAAAUGUUUUUUUUCAUUUAAUUUAGGAUCGUGUCAAGAUUUUAUAUUUUUGUUGCAAAAUGUUACUGUAAAUGAGUUGUGUUGUGUAUGUUAAAAUUCCAUUAAUUUCCAUGUGUCUUAAUGUUCAUUGGUUAAUUGUUAGCGCCCUCCCGUGGUUGAAAAGGGCACACAAGAAGAAUUGCAUAUGUAUGAGUAUGGGGAAAUGUUAUCAAUGUCAAGUAAAUUGGUGGGUAUUUUGAUGAAUUUCAGAUAACUUCUCACUAUCAGUUAUAUAGGAUUUAUGAUAGUGUAAUUGGUAUGUAAUUUAUAUUUGAGUUUUUGAGAGUGAUAUUUUAUCCUUAGUUGCAUUGAAAUCUACACUAAUUAAAUGUUAUCUCCAUAAUGUAUCCCAAAGUUAUAUUCUAAUUACAAUAAUGCUUCUUUGUGAUUUUAAACACAUUUGAAAGAAUGAGACACAAUUAUGAACAACAAGAUAACAUUAGUGUGCCUUUUUUCUUUACUGCCAUUUCUAUUCUCAGGCGUAAAAAAAUGUAUUCAAUGCAGAAAACAUCCCCUAUGUGUGAUAUUCUAUUACACAAUAUAUCAUCAGAUUAAUGGUUAUGCAUUCAUGUGCAAGAAGCAUUUUAAGUUGCAGUUGGUCAAG